UGAAAAAAACAAAAGGCCAAAUAACUAACUGAUUAAAACAAUUUCCACUUCAACUGCAAAAUCAUGGGAGAUCAAACCAGCUGGACUGAAGAAACCUCAGAGACGUUAACAAAAUUAAACCUGUAUAACUACAGAAAUGUGCUACCGUCGACUUCCUCACAACUCUUUUUAAGAUGUAAUGAAAUUUUCCAGACAUUUUUAGGUGUAGAUUACGAUUAUGUUGGGAAAAGUUGCAUAGAAAGAAUUUUGGUGGAGAUUUGUUUAAUUCUCCGUCCCUUGUCAUUUUCCAUAUUUUGCUCAAGAAAGAAAUUUUGACGGAAAAAAGCUUUGCAGGCCAUGAGGAUUGCCAAACCAGAAAGCCAAACUGUUAACACUCCACCUGUAAAACGACCUUCAGAAUCUUCUGCUGAUGCCUUGGAACAUGCUAAAAGGCUUUUAAAAUCUGGUGCAAUUAAGUUAAACAAUGAAAACAAAGACAAACAAAGUUUUAAACGUUCAAAAAACUUUGAAAAAAAGCUCAAGGAUCCUGACAAAACACCAAGUACUGUUGGCUUUCAACCAUUUUCUGCUACACAUCCUGAUAGUCAAGAGAAAGAAGAAGAAAAAGAAGUUGUAAAACCACGACGAAAAGGACUUUCUGAAAGUUUUGUAAUGGAAGGUGGCAUGAGAGACACAAGGUAUGAUCGUGAUAGAGAAGAACGAUCGGAUAACCCAAGGAAAGGUAACACAAUAUAUGUUUAUGGUCACAAAGUUACAGAGGAAUUGCUGCGGAAGGCAUUUGAAAAUAUUGGUCCUAUUGUAAAUGUAACGAUGGAACUAGAAAGAAAUUGUGGUUUUGUUACUUUUGAAAAAGUUGAAUUUGCUGAGCAAGCUAUUGCAAUGGUAAAUGGCUGUAUGAUAUCCGAUGUUCAGUUAAAAGUAUCUAUGGCAAGGCGACAACCUUCUUUUAAUCAACCUCAGGAGCAAGCUUCAUCACAAUCACCAUCAUGGGGAACAAUAGCUGCAAGUUCCACAGUAUCACUAGCUAACUAUAAAGAAAAAAGAGGACUUGUUUCCUAUGAAGAUCUCUUCUAAAUUGAAAAAAUAAAUGAAAUGUUAUUUUGAGAAAAUAAAUUUAUAGAUAUGCUGAAUCAGCAAUUAAGAAAGAAACCCCAUAAAAAUAAUUGUAAAUAAAUUUAUAACAAAAUA